AUGGCUACCUUACCGAACCUGUUAAAGCUGCAAAAAUCUCUCCUCGUUGUGGUGGUAAGACAGAGACCUUAUACUACCCACCCGGUUGAGGAAAAUGUGAACUGUGAAGUGAAGAUGAACCUACCACAGAAAGCUUUUAUACUUGUUAUAUUCUUAUCAGCAACUGUUUUGAAUGCUAAGGCAGCUGUAAACUGUGACCUGAUAAUGUCUUGCAUAACUUCUAGCGAUGACGAACUAGCGCAUGCUGCGCUGUUUCGAUGGAUGUUGGAACGAGGAAAAGCGAAUCUCAUAUUGCAAAGCAAGUCUCCUUUUGUUGAGCAGUUUCUCACCCAUGAAAUCAGCUCUGGACGAGGUCAGAGAUAUUUGGAUCUUUUGUGGCGGUUCUACGAGAAAGCGGGGCACUACGACAAAGCUGCGACGCUGCUAAGUAGGCUUGCUGACAAUGAGAACGAAGAGAUCUCUCUAUCGCAACGAUUUGCAUACUUAUCGCAUGCAAUCAUUUGUGCUCAAGCUGGUAGUGAUCCAAAGACGAAAGCCAUGAUACAAGAGUUGCGGGAUAAAGUUGAAGUUGCCCAUAUACAAUUAGCGAUCAAGGAAUGCAUGGAUAUUCGAACACCCAAGCAGCAAGAAUUGGUUAAACUACUUGAUGGGCCUAUUCUCUCGUUACAGUUGUUACUGGAGAAAUUUGCCGCCCCUUACGGUCUUUACAAGAUCCAGUUAGCAAUAUUCCAUUGCGCUAAUUUGUACAGUGACGAACCUAUAAUGGCAGUAUGGGAAAAUAUAUUGCAGUCAGGUAAGCCGAAUUCAAAUACGAAGGGGAAGUCUCUGAGCGACUUCUAUGUACACUGCAUGAGCUAUACGCCAUUUAUGGGUCUACCAGUUAUUUUCCGAGAAUGCCUACAAUUAAUCGAUCUAGAUUUCAUACUAAGACGACUGCUUGAGCUAGGGUCUGGCUUAAGUGAGCGGUUCAGGCGAGGAAUUCUUCCAGCUAGCUUUUUU